GGACACUUGGCGUUUCGCUACCGCGAUGUGCUAGGGAGCGACUUUCUAUUUGGUGGAAAUACUGUCGACCCAGCUAGCAUUCCUUUCUGCGAAGUCUCAGUCGUAGAGCAGGCGAAAAGUGUUCCAGUCUGCUUUCUUCUCCACUCGCUGAUGUUGCUAGAAAACGA